AUGGGAGGUGGAUGGAGUGAAAAGGGAGGUAGGGAAAGAAGCAUGGAGAGAGAGGAGGAGGAUGGCAGAAAGUGGGUGAUGGGGAGGCAGAUGAAGAGAAACCGACUAGAGGGAGAGAAAGAGAGAGGGAUGAGAAUAAGACAAAAGCAGACAGUGAGUAACCUAGUUGUCCUCACCAUCGGUCACACGUUCACUCCCCCUCCCCUCCUCAGGUGUGAGUUACUACCUAAAGGUCAGAGCCGUGACGCAGGUACACAGCCGUACGGCUCCGUCUAUUCGGUGUCCUCUGGGUCAGUGCAAAAGCCCAUAUAUCUGUGAGUCACUGCUGCCAGUGGGAGCAUCCAUUUUGAUUCUGUGGUCAUCAAGCUGUACCAUUCCUACUCAUGUCUACUAACGCUCUCAUACUCGCUCCAUCUCUCUCUUUCUCCCUUCUUCUUUUUCACCCUCCUCUCUGUCUUUCUCUCUCCCUCACACUCUUCCCCCUUUUUGUGAGCGCUUCAGCCAAAGUAGCUAAUCAGGCCCCACUCCAUCAUCAUCAUCACCCCCCCCCCCCCCCCCCCCCAGCCCUCUCUUCAGAUUGAGUGAAGUUCUGGAUGGGGGCAGGUGGGGAGCAAAAGGUCUACCUCUCUUAGAGUGCUCAGUUAUGAGUAUGGAGUAGCACUUGAGAGUUAGCUUGUUGAACCGUUUGAAGGAAGACAGACACUGAAGUUGUUCUGCUUUGCUCUGCUUCUGAGUGGCUCAGCAUGAUGAAAGGAAGUGGGAAUUGAUAGAAACUCAUUAUCUAAGACACUCAGGAUAUUAGGACUUGUUUUACGUCACUGGUGAAAUUAGACUAACUCACUUUCUGAUUUAUUUUAUUCCAGUGUCUAAAUGUGUCUCACUGGCGAAAUGGUGCUCAUUUAAUUCUGAGUUCUCCUGUUGUGUGUGUGUGUGUGUGUGUGUCUAGGUGGUGCUGGUGCGAUGGAACGAGCCCUUUCAGAAGCUGGCCACCUGUGACACAGACGGAGGGAUCUUUGUGUGGAUCCAGUACGAGGGCCGCUGGUCUGUGGAGCUGGUUAAUGACCGCGGGGCUCAGGUGGGAGACACUAUGGGCCAGUAACCUGGACACAGAAUAAGCCUAGUCCUGGUCUGAAAUGGUACCCUAUUCUCAAAUACGGGCCAUUGGUAGUGCACUAUAUAGGGCAGUGUUUCCCAUCUCCAGUCCUCCAGUACCCCCAACAGAACACAUUGUUGUUGUAGCCCUGGACAAGCUCACCAGAUUCUACUCAUUAAGGGCUUGAUGAUUAGUUGACAAGUUGAAUCGGGUGUGCUUGUCUGGGCCUACAACAAAAUGUGUGCUUAUAUUUUAGUAAUUUAGCAGAUGCUCUUAUCCAGAGCAACUUACAGGAGCAAUUGGGGUUAAGUGCCUUGCUCAAGGGCACAUCAACAGAUGUUUCAACUAGUCGACUUGGGGAUUUGAACCUGCGACCUUUCGGUUACUGGCCCAACGCUCUUAACCACUAGGCUACCUGCCAUUGGGGAAACACUGAUAUAGGGAAUAGGGUCCUAUUUCAGAUGCAGCUCUGUGCUAUAAAGCAUGUUCAUUGGAAAUUCUCCAUUGAGUACAGUAUCUGACCUGUCCUCUCUGCAACCCCCCCCCCAACCUUCUCCUGUAGGUGAGUGACUUCACCUGGUCUCAUGACGGUACCCAGGCUCUCAUCUCUUACCGUGAUGGCUUUGUCCUGGUGGGCUCGGUCAGCGGCCAGAGACACUGGUCAUCAGAGAUCAACCUGGAGAGCCAGAUCACCUGUGGUAUCUGGACCCCCGAUGACCAGCAGGUAACUAGUUCUACUACUCUACUACACACCUGACGACCAGCAGGUAACUCGUUCUACUACUCUACUACACACCUGACGACCAGCAGGUAACUAGGUCUACUACUCACCUGACGACUAGCAGGUAAUUAGUUAUACUACCCUACUACUCAGCUGACGACCAGCAGGUAACUAGUUCUAAUACUCUACUACUCACCUAACGACCAGCAGGUAACUAGUUCUAAUACUCUACUACUCACCUGAGGACCAGCAGGUAACUAGUUCUAAUACUCUACUACUCACCUGACGACCAGCAGGUGACUAGUUCUACUACACACCUGACGACCAGCAGGUAACUAGUUCUACUACUCUACUACACACCUGACGACCAGCAGGUAACUAGUUAUACUACUCACCUGACGACUAGCAGGUAAUUAGUUCUACUACCCUACUACUCAGCUGAUGACCAGCAGGUAACUAGUUCUAAUACUCUACUACUCACCUGACGACCAGCAGGUAACUAGUUAUAAUACUCUACUACUCACCUGACGACCAGCAGGUGACUAGUUCUAAUACUCUACUACUCACCUGACGACCAGCAGGUGACUAGUUCUAAUACUCUACUACUCACCUGACGACCAGCAGGUGACUAGUUCUAAUACUCUACUACUCACCUGACGACUAGCAGGUAACUAGUUGUACUACUCACCUGACGACCAGCAGGUAACUAGUUAUACUACUCACCUGACGACCAGCAGAUAAUUAGUUCUACUACCCUACUACUCAGCUGACGACCAGCAGGUAACUAGUUCUAAUACUCUACUACUCACCUGACGACUAGCAGGUAACUAGUUCUAAUACUCUACUACUCACCUGACGACCAGCAGGUGACUAGUUAUAAUACUCUACUACUCACUUGACGACCAGCAGGUGACUAGUUAUAAUACUCUACUACUCACCUGACGACCAGCAGGUGACUAGUUAUAAUACUCUACUACUCACUUGACGACCAGCAGGUGACUAGUUAUAAUACUCUACUACUCACCUGACGACUAGCAGGUAACUAGUUGUACUACUCACCUGACGACCAGCAGGUACAGUGGGGAAAAAAAGUAUUUAGUCAGCCAACAAUUGUGCAAGUUCUCCCACUUAAAAAGAUGAGAGAGGCCUGUAAUUUUCAUCAUAGGUACACGUCAACUAUGACAGACAAAUUGAGAAAAAAGAAUCCAGAAAAUCACAUUGUAGGAUUUUUUAUGAAUUUAUUUGCAAAUUAUGGUGGAAAAUAAGUAUUUGGUCAAUAACAAAAGUUUCUCAAUACUUUGUUAUAUACCCCUUGUUGGCAAUGACACAGGUCAAACGUUUUCUGUAAGUCUUCACAAGGUUUUCACACACUGUUGCUGGUAUUUUGGCCCAUUCCUCCAUGCAGAUCUCCUCUAGAGCAGUGAUGUUUUGGGGCUGUCGCUGGGCAACACGGACUUUCAACUCCCUCCAAAGAUUUUCUAUGGGGUUGAGAUCUGGAGACUGGCUAGGCCACUCCAGGACCUUGAAAUGCUUCUUACGAAGCCACUCCUUCGUUGCCCGGGAGGUGUGUUUGGGAUCAUUGUCAUGCUAAAAGACCCAGCCACGUUUCAUCUUCAAUGCCCUUGCUGAUGGAAGGAGGUUUUCACUCAAAAUCUCACGAUACAUGGCCCCAUUCAUUCUUUCCUUUACACGGAUCAGUCGUCCUGGUCCCUUUGCAGAAAAACAGCCCCAAAGCAUGAAGUUUCCACCCCCAUGCUUCACAGUAGGUAUGGUGUUCUUUGGAUGCAACUCAGCAUUCUUUGUCCUCCAAACACGAUGAGUUGAGUUUUUACCAAAAAGUUAUAUUUUGGUUUCAUCUGACCAUAUGACAUUCUCCCAAUCCUCUUCUGGAUCAUCCAAAUGCACUCUAGCAAACUUCAGACGGGCCUGGACAUGUACUGGCUUAAGCAGGGGGACACGUCUGGCACUGCAGGAUUUGAGUCCCUGGCGGAGUAGUGUGUUACUGAUGGUAGGCUUUGUUACUUUGGUCCCAGCUCUCUGCAGGUCAUUCACUAGGUCCCCCCGUGUGGUUCUGGGAUUUUUGCUCACCGUUCUUGUGAUCAUUUUGACCCCACGGGGUGAGAUCUUGCGUGGAGCCCCAGAUCGAGGGAGAUUAUCAGUGGUCUUGUAUGUCUUCCAUUUCCUAAUAAUUGCUCCCACAGUUGAUUUCUUCAAACCAAGCUGCUUACCUAUUGCAGAUUCAGUCUUCCCAGCCUGGUGCAGGUCUACAAUUUUGUUUCUGGUGUCCUUUGACAGCUCUUUGGUCUUGACCAUAGUGGAGUUUGGAGUGUGACUGUUUGAGGUUGUGGACAGAUGUCUUUUAUACUGAUAACAAGUUCAAACAGGUGCCAUUAAUACAGGUAACGAGUGGAGGACAGAGGAGCCUCUUAAAGAAGAAGUUACAGGUCUAUGAGAGCCAGAAAUCUUGCUUGUUUGUAGGUGACCAAAUACUUAUUUUCCACCAUAAUUUGCAAAUAAAUUCAUGAAAAAUCCUACAAUGUGAUUUUCUGGAAAAAAAAAUCUCAAUUUGUCUGUCAUAGUUGACGUGUACCUAUGAUGAAAAUGACAGGCCUCUCUCAUCUUUUUAAGUGGGAGAACUUGCACAAUUGGUGGCUGACUAAAUAAUUUUUUCCCCCACUGUAACUAGUUCUACUACUCACCUGACGACCAGCAGGUGACUAGUUCUAAUACUCUACUACUCACCUGAUGACCAACAGGUAACUAGUUCUAAUACUCUACUACUCACCUGACGACCAGCAGGUGACUAGUUCUAAUACUCUACUACUCACCUGAUGACAGCAGAUAACUAGUUCUACUACACACCUGACGACUAGCAGGUAACUAGUUCUAAUACUCUACCACUCACCUGAUGACAGCAGGUAACUAGUUCUACUACACACCUGACGACUAGCAGGUAACUAGUUAUAAUACUCUACUACUCACCUGAUGACAGCAGGUAACUAGUUAUACUACUCACCUGACGACCAGCAGGUAAUUAGUUCUACUACUCACCUGACGACCAGCAGGUAAUUAGUUCUACUACCCUACUACUCAGCUGACGACCAGCAGGUAACUAGUUCUAAUACUCUACUACUCACCUGAUGACCAGCAGGUGACUAGUUCUAAUACUCUACUACUCACCUGACGACCAGCAGGUAAUUAGUUAUACUACUCACCUGACGACCAGCAGUUGAUUAGUUCUACUACCCUACUACUCAGCUGACGACCAGCAGGUAACUAGUUCUAAUACUCUACUACUCACCUGAUGACAGCAGGUAACUAGUUCUACUACACACCUGACGACCAGCAGGUAACUAGUUCUAAUACUCUACUACACACCUGACGACCAGCAGGUAACUAGUUCUACUACUCACCUGACGACCAGCAGGUAAUUAGUUCUACUACCCUACUACUCAGCUGACGACCAGCAGGUAACUAGUUCUAAUACUCUACUACUCACCUGAUGACCAGCAGGUGACUAGUUCUAAUACUCUACUACUCACUUGACGACCAGCAGGUGACUAGUUAUAAUACUCUACUACUCACCUGACGACUAGCAGGUAACUAGUUCUACUACUCACCUGACGACCAGCAGGUGACUAGUUCUAAUACUCUAAUACUCACCUGAUGACCAGCAGGUGACUAGUUCUACUACUCACCUGACGACCAGCAGGUGACUAGUUCUAAUACUCUACUACUCACCUGACGACCAGCAGGUGACUAGUUCUAAUACUCUACUACUCACCUAACGACCAGCAGGUAACUAGUUAUACUACUCACCUGACGACCAGCAAGUAACUAGUUAUACUACUCUACUACUCAGCUGAUGACCAGCAGGUAACUAGUUCUACUACUCACCUGACGACCAGCAGGUAACUAGUUCCACUACUCACCUGACGACCAGCAGGUAACUAGUUCUACUACUCACCUGACGACCCGCAGGUAACUAGUUCCACUACUCACCUGACGACCAGCAGGUAACUAGUUCCACUACUCACCUGACGACCAGCAGGUAACUAGUUCCAAUACUCUACUACUCACCUGAUGGUGCACAGAAGCUGUUUUGCUCCACUCAUUGUGUAACACCCACCUGACCCAUUGGUUUGAUGGGGGGGGGGGCAGUGUUUAAGUUAAUAUUCUUGUUUUGCUCUGUGUCAAUAGUCUAUUUUAUGCUAUAUAACUCUAAUUAUGUACAUGCUAUACUCGAUUAUUUGUUAUUAAUAUGUAUUGUACUGUUAUUUGUUAUAUAUUAUACAGUAACGCUACAUACAUUUCAGUCCUUGACUCAGCUUCUUUAUGAACAUUAAAAUGAAAGUGCAAGUGGUCGCUGACUAGGGUCAGGAGUUUUUCCUGAUAAUGUGACCAUACCUGACCAGGAAAAACUCCAGGUUCUAACAAUUUCUGUGAUCAUGAUGGAAGGAAGACAUAAAAGUGUUUUUCCACAGCCCCAGUAUUUUGGUUCCGAGCAGAAAGGCCUGAGGCUGUGUUAGUACCGUGGUUUGUACUGAGUGACAGUCAGACUAGAGCUGGGAUGAUCAAUGGAAAAUUAUCAACACCGACCAUACGGAUCACUUAUCGCAGGCAUUUUGCUGAUAUCGUUCAUUACGAUAAGUACCCUAUACUAGAGAAAGUUUGAAAUGAAAUAAGUUUGCGAAUAUGGGUGAUUGUUAAUGGUACAAUUGAUGGCUAUAACCAUCAAACUAGUAGUAGCUAUUAUAAACUGGUUACCAACGUAAUUAGAGCAGUAAAAAUGUAUGUUUUGUCAUACCCGUGGUAUACGGUCUGAUACCACAGCUGUCAGACAAUCAGCAUUCAGGGCUCGAACCACCCAGUUUAUAAUUAUCGUUAUCGCAUCUAUUCAGGCAAUUUAUUACGACAUGGAUUUUUGUCCAUAUCGCCCAGCUCAUAGUCAGACUCACUGCUUAUCUACAUUAUCUGUCUUACUAUGAGGUGCUUUUUUGUAGGACAUUUUUGUCUGUGCCCUGACACGAUGUCAGCUCAGUUUAGUUUGUUGGCGAGUUUGUGUUUCUGUCUCUCUAGCUGAUCAUCUCUCUCUAGCGCUGCACAAAUAUCCUAGACUCUAGAUUGUAGGACCUAGACACAUUUCCAUUGUUCGCUGUAACGUAUGGACAAUAAAGGUUGUAUUCUAUUCUAGAUUCUAGGACCAAGAUGACUUAACCGUUGGUGUCCCUCCCUGGUUGUGUGUAACUGUGUUGUCAUGUCUCUCCCCAUGCAGGUGUUGUUUGGUACUGCGGAUGGCCAGGUGAUUGUGAUGGACUGCCACGGGCGCAUGCUGGCCCACAUCCUGCUGCACGAGUCAGACGGCAUUGUCAGCAUGUCAUGGAACUACCCCAGCUUCCUGGUGGAGGACAGCAGCGAGAGCGACACCGACUCAGACGACUACACACCACCACAAGGUACACUACUCUUACAAUCCUUACCCAAUCUACGCCCCAGUUUACACCCCUUAGGCCCUAACCCACACACCUUUACAGGUACAGUCCACCCCCCUUCCCAAACCUGAAAGGUACAGAUCCCUUCCCCUCAGAAUCUUCUGUUUAUGCCCCCCUGCAAGCUACAGUAACAGGCAGCCUGGGGUCACAGCAGGCACUCUACUCUCAAUCUGUUGUCUUCCUGUCCCCUCAUCAGGGUUAUGCUUUACUUAUAAUCUAGCAGGACAGAAAUACUAGUACACAGCAUGAGAGUUUAAAUCCGUCAUAGAAUACAAUUUUAAUCUGUAAUAGGUUUAGGUUUGAUGAUGAGACACGAUGCCUGUUGGGAGCAGAAUUACAGGGAAGCGUUCGGUCCAGCUGCCCUGUCCCUCCUGCGGUACCUCCCUCUGUGCAGAUGAAAGCAGAUGUGUGGCCAUCUGUUCUCCCCUAAUUCUUCCUCCUCCUCUCUUUCUCACAUUUUUACCUCACAUCUCUCCUCCAGUGACCUGCUAUGCACUGUUUUGUUUUAAGAAAGGUAAAACGGGGUAUGGUUGAGAGAAGUGACCCUGAUGCAAUACAACCGAAACAUCCAAUUUUAGGAAACGUGUAUGAAAAGUUUGACAUUGGAUCCCUAAUGCUUCAUAGUUUCAAAAAUUUACCUUUGUAAUUAUUUGAUCACAUGCAUGUCAUUUGUGAUGCUCACUUCACAUGCAUACUGCUCUGUAACUCCCCGUGGGCCAACUAAUUAACGGUCGGAAAUGGGAAGGUGAUCAUUGGACUGCACUGAACUCAGUCUAUUAAAGCAAUCCACUCCCAGACUGUGGGGGAGUAGGGGACAGGGACUCAAAGGGCCCCUAAAAACAAACGAGUGUGAAGGAGCGGAGGGAGGGAUAGAGCAAAAUAAGGAGCAUGGAGAGGAGAGUAGAGGACACAGUGGACGUGGGGAGGACGUGUGUGACAUUGGGCUGAUUUUGUCACAGGAAGUCCUAAUAGCUGACUUGGUUUUGGGGACGGUGGCGUAUAGCUGUCACAGUCAAAGUCACACCUCACCGGUCCCCUGGUUGUGCGUCACCCUAGUGACCGCCAGCCUGGGCCUUUGUCAUGGAAACUGAUUCAUGGAUAAUAUGGUUCCAAAUGUAAUGUUUUUGCAGUACACGUGCCAACGGAAAAUGGUGGCUCAGUGCAGCCCUAUCAAAAGCUAAUGGAAUUCUGAGUGAAGUUCCAAAACACAUAACCCCCACCAUAUGGCUUUCAGGUCACACAGAAUUAAAUGUUACCUUCAAUUCAGAGUUUUCACUGCAGUCAUCUAUAUGUGGCGCUGCGCCACGGCAAAAUCAUUGUCGCCACGUGAAAAAAAAAAAUGCAACAUUAAAUAAUAUUUCUGCCGAGGCGCACUAUGAAGAUACUAGAACAGUCCACAUUUACUUUUCGUCUGCAAACAAAAUGAGUAAUCAAUAGAAAAAUCAGACUACCCCAGAGUAGAAUAGUUUCUGUUUACCUAGUCGGUUUGUUGCGCGUUCUAUGCGAGAUAAAUAUUCCUCUUGAGGCUCAUUCACGUUACGAGUGCCAUAAGGAGGGAAACAUGCAUUCUGACAAGCAGUCAAUGCACAACAAUUCUUGCAAUCGGGGGGGAAAACAGCCGUUUUAAUGGUCUUUGUUAAAAAGAGGGAGAUCUUUCCAUUCCUACUUUAUUUAUGAAUCAACUCCUAAAUAUGUGCGAACUGCACCAUUUUUUAAACCCGGUGUUUUUAGCAGCAGCAUGGUUAAGCACAUUACUGCUCUGCAAAUAGUUGUGAGUGCAUAGGGGAGAGUGGGGCUAAAUGUAACACGGGUCAAUUGUAGGGUAACUUGGGGUAAAAUGCCACCCUACCUAAAAAUCUUUUUUUUUUGAGUGACUUAAAUUGUGACAUAACAGAUUAUAUUUUUUUGUUGAGCAAGAGUAGCGGCAACCAGGGAAAGUGUUGUGGGAAGAAAUUGUGACAUGAAAGUGGUUUCUGUGAGAAGUACUGGCAUGGGGCAUGUUACCCUGUGUUUUUUGGGACAUUAAAUUCAUCAAUAGGAUGCUAACCAGUUAAAAUAUAACGUUUAGGAUCUAGCUAAUGAUUUGCCCAAUAGGGUAAAUGCAAAAAUAGACAACCCCAUGCUUCAGCCUAUUUCUUUAUAGCCACUAUGCUGCAUCAGUUGGGCUACAGGUGAUCAUGUUUAUUGCUAAUAGCAUACCUGAUAGUAUGGACCAUACAUACAGUGGGGAGAACAAGUAUUUGAUACACUGCCAAUUUUGCAGGUUUUCCUACUUACAAAGCAUGUAGAGGUCUGUAAUUUUUAUCAUAGGUACACUUCAACUAUGAGAGACGGAAUCUAAAACAAAAAUCCAGAAAAUCACAUUGUAUGAUUUUUAAGUAAUUAAUUUGCAUUUUAUUGCAUGACAUAAGUAUUUGAUCACCUACCAACCAGUAAGAAUUCCGGCUCUCACAGACCUGUUAGUUUUUCUUUAUGAAGCCCUCCUGUUCUCCACUCAUUACCUGUAUUAACUGCACCUGUUUGAACUCAUUACAUGUAUAAAAGACACCUGUCCACACACUCAAUCAAACAGACUCAAACCUCUCCACAAUGGCCAAGACCAGAGAGCUGUGUAAGGACAUCAGGGAUAAAAUUGUAGACCUGCACAGGGCUGGGAUGGGCUACAGGACAAUAGGCAAGCAGCUUGGUGAGAAGGCAACAACUGUUGGCGCAAUUAUUAGAAAAUGGAAGAAGUUCAAGAUGAUGGUCAAUCACCCUUGGUCUGGGGCUCCAUGCAAGAACUCACCUCGUGGGGCAUCAAUGAUCAUGAGGAAGGUGAGGGAUCAGCCCAGAACUACACGGCAGGACCUAGUCAAUGACCUGAAGAGAGCUGGGACCACAGUCUCAAAGAAAACCAUUAGAAACACACUACGCCGUCAUGGAUUAAAAUCCUGCAGCACACGCAAGGUCCCCCUGCUCAAGCCAGCGCAUGUCCAGGCCCGUCUGAAGUUUGUCAAUGACCAUCUGGAUGAUCCAGAGGAGGAAUGGGAGAAGGUCAUGUGGUCUGAUGAGACAAAAAUAGAGCUUUUUGGUCUAAACUCCAUUCGCCGUGUUUGGAGGAAGAAGAAGGAUGAGUACAACCAAGAACACCAUCCCAACCGUGAAGCAUGGAGGUGGAAACAUCAGUCUUUGGGGAUGCUUUUCUGCAAAGGGGACAGGACGACUGCACCGUAUUGAGGGGAGGAUGGAUGGGGCCAUGUAUCGCGAGAUCUUGGCCAACAACCUCCUUCCCUCAGUAAGAGCAUUGAAGAUGGGUCGUGGCUGGGUCUUCCAGCAUGACAACGACCCGAAACACACAGCCAGGGCAACUAAGGAGUGGCUCCGUAAGAAGCAUCUCAAGGUCCUGGAGUGGCCUAGCCAGUCUCCAGAUCUGAACCCAAUAGGAAAUCUUUGGAGGGAGCUGAAAGUCCGUAAUGCCCAGCGACAGCCCCGAAACCUGAAGGAUCUGAAGAAGGUCUGUAUGGAGGAGUGGGCCAAAAUCCCUGCUGCAGUGUGUGCAAACCUGGUCAAGACCUACAGGAAACGUAUGAUCUCUGUAACUGCAAACAAAGGUUUCUGUACCAAAUAUUAAGUUCUGCUUUUCUGAUGUAUCAAAUACUUAUGUCAUGCAAUAAAAUGCAAAUUAAUUACUUAAAAAUCAUACAAUGUGAUUUUCUGGAUUUUUGUUUUAGAUUCCGUCUCUCAUAGUUGAAGUGUACCUAUGAUAAAAAUUACAGACCUCUACAUGCUUUGUAAGUAGGAAAACCUGCAAAAUUGGCAGUGUAUCAAAUACUUGUUCUCCCCACUGUAUGCUAUAUGCAUGGUCCAAUAUGUUAAAAUAAUUUUAAAAUGUAACCAAUAUAGCUAGGUUUCCAUCCAAUAUGCGACACAUUUUGAUGCAAAUAUUUGAUAAUCUGCUUAAACAAUAUGUGCAUUUUCCCACAAGGGAUGUGUUUCCAUCAAACAUACUUUUUGCAGAUAAAUGGCUGUGCGUGAUGACGUAGUGCACAUAAAAAUAACUUUUGUCACAAAAGCUGUUGCUUUAUAUAGCAAAUGUGCCCACUCUGGUCUUGGCACAUGCACUCUAGCCAACAGCUAGCAGAUACAGUGCGGGUAGGCUACCUACAUUAUGAGAUUAUUAUGGAUAAGUGCGAUAUUAUUUGUAUUUGUCAAACGGCAGGCAAGCAUCGAUCAUCAUGUCCCCAGAAUAAGACCCUGGAUAUUUAUUGGAAAGGCACAUCAAGCUCAUCACUUUGCACAUUUACUACCCUGUGAAGUUCAUCAUAACUUAUUUCAUAUGUAGCCUAAUAAACUGCACACAAACAAAUCAUUGCGUGACAAAAAGAUCCCACCACGUCGAACAAACAAAUUGUCUGUCGGCAUUUAUAAAAUUGUACCGGCAUUUCCUGUUUCCAUCAGCCCGGUCGUGACUUUUUUCAUGCGUCAGUUUAUUCAUCCGCAUUAAAGGGUUGGAUGGAAAUGUGGUUUAUGUUAUUGGGCUCAUUUCUGGAGGUGGAAAUUAUCAUUUUAAAUGGUGUCAGCAUAAUUUUAUUUUCAUUCAUUUGGAGUAGAAUAUCCUUUUUAAAAGUCACCAGAACUGAGCUUCUAAGUCCUUCUACAUAAAAAUUAUCCGGGAGCCCCGUGACCUUUUCCAGAGGAAACAUUGCUUCAAUUUGAAUCAUCAUUUUACCCUAAUUCUAUGUCUCUUGUCUACACCAACUCCCCUCAUCCCUCCAAUGACCUGAAAGCAGUACUGUACAGCUACAAGGUUACCAGUUUAACCAAGGGGCCGAUAUGUGAUGUAACUGCUUUAAUAGGGCUUUGUUAGAGAUACCCUUGUGUUACACAAACCUGUCUGUUUGCUGCAUCUCCCCUGGUCUUUGGUUUGCUAAGCAUUUCUUUGGUGGAACACCUCUCAGCCCCAUUGGGGAGUGAUGUGCAUGAUUAGCAGCUCACAUAACGGCCUCCAUUUUAUGUGCACAGUUUUUUUUUCUUCUUAAUUGCAUCUCUUUGGUUGCUAUGGUUGUAUCGAUGGCUGGGCCUGGGCCAGCCUCCCCUUGAUGUGUUUACAGUCUGGUCGGUCGGUGUGUAGUAAAGUUAAAAAGUGCUUGCCUUAGCUGGAACGGUAAUUAUGCUCUAAUUCACUAAUUAAAAAAGUCGCUGGUAAUUGAUUGGCGCUGAGAAAUGAUCUGCGGGCAUAGCAGGCUGGCGGGAAGGGCAGGCUAGCGGACGACUCUCAAGACGCUGGUUGAAGAUGCCAGGCCUUCUGCUGCUGCUGUCUGACUGCCAAGAUUACUUUGACAUGAUAUUUGCUACACCAUGACACUGGAGUGUUGCUUAGAACUAAACAAUACAACCAGUACAUCACACACUGUUUAAUACAGGACAGGACUGGGUUUCCCAGAAGCAUCGUAGCACUUAGUUUCAUGGAAUUAAGAUGAUUUUAGUGCUAUGAUGCUUUUGGGAAAUCCAGCCCAGGUCAGUUUCAUAGCGUAGCACAAUGCAAAGAGUAGGAUGUAACCUUGACAUUUUUUCCUGACAACGUGACGUGAUCAGUUCCUCAUGUUUAGGUAAAGCUCCUCGCCCUUCAUCACUGAUCGUAUGUUCACAUAAAACCAUGGACUAAUACAGAACGGUCAUGAUAGUCGUCCCUAGUCCCUUUGAGGCACCCCAGAUUUACAUGGUGUACAAAGCAGCGGUGGCUGUGUUUUUAUGAAGGCCUGUUAUUUAUAGCCCUGAGAGAGUGGACGGAUGGUAGUAAGGUGAGAUGCAUGGGUGUCUUUGUGCUUCUGAAUAGGACACAGUAGAGAUUACUACCCCAAGAUGAAUCACUAGGAGCAGCUGCCAAAGAUGCAGAAAUGUCCUUGUGUCCCACUACCCCUCCCCCAUUACACACACACACACACACACACACACACACACACACACACACACACGGUGUCCCUCACUCUCAAUCUAUUUUAUGGCCCACUGGAAAUGCAUAUUGAUCACCCCAUCCUCUGACGUGGUUGCUAAGACGUUAUCAACGUAUAAUACAGGGAAUGCUUGCAUAUGGUCUGAAUCCCUGAAAAUAUAAGAAAGAGCAAUUUCUCGUAGUCGGAAUGUCAGUCUCUCUGAAAUAGAAUCAGAAUAGGAUCAUGGUUGACCUGGUUUUGUAUCGCUCUGUUGACCUCCCUCUCUGUCUUUAUCUGGUUGUGUUUCGGUCUCUUUGUUUCUGUGGUUGUGUUGUGGUAUAUCUCUCUCUCUGACCUGGUCUUGUUGGGGUCUUUGUCUCCGCAGUGCAACGUUUGAAGCCUCUGCUGACGGUCAGCUUCACCUCUGGAGACAUCAGCCUGAUGAACAACUAUGAUGACCUCUCUCCCACUCUCAUCCGCACUGGCCUCAAGGGUAUGUGUGUUUGUAUCAAGGUUAUUAUAGUUUUUUAAAAAAUAUUUAUUUGUUUUUAUUUCUAUUAGUUUUUAGAUUUUUUUCAGUUUAGUUUCAUUUAGUUUUCAGACCUGAUUUGCUAGUUUGUAUUUAGUUUCAGUUGGUUAAAAGUAUUUAUAUUUCGUUUUUAUAUUAUUACGUUUCAGAUUUCGUGUUAGGGAGAGAAAGCAUGCGUGGGCCAGGCUAUGAGCUAUUUGUGUUGUAUAGUUUAUAUAGUAUUUUCGGGGGGGAUAUCUGGGGGGCAGCAAUACAUAAGGUGAUGAUGGGUCAGGUCAUAGGUUAGGUUUAAAGGGGCAGUCAGCAGUUGCUACAUCCAUUGAAGACUAUAACUUAUAAAUGCCUCAUGAGCGUAGUUUCAACUGUUGUUCCCCAUCAGAACCCAAAAUAUAAGCUUGUUUUACUCCAAUGUUUGUAAACAAAGUAAACGUAAACACUAACUCCUCAAAACAUGGUUAAAACUAUCAUUUUGAUCAUGGAUGGUCAGUCCUUGCAUCCAUAGCUCUGUCUAUGAAUUUUAAGUGGUUACAUUUCUCCAGCCCCAUCCCUCAGCUUUUUACCGAAACAGUGGCGGGCCCUUUAAAUUAUAAAGUCAAUCUCAAUGUGACUGCGCUGAGACUGGUACAAAAAAUAUGGUGGAAGGAAACUUGCUCAUGUUUAUACCAAUCCAAUGCCUUUUCACCUCAGUAGGACAUGUAAGAAGAAUCAUGCACAAACUAGGCCUAUUUGAAACAUGGCCAUAUCCUGGCAGCAUUUACCCGCCAGAUUCAGUAGCUUGAAAACCGUCCAAAAGCUUGAAAACCCCACUUGAUUUUUGCCCAAAGUUUAGAAAGGAAACUACAACUGAACGUAAUUCAUGAUGGUAUUUAUUGUUUUGGAGUCAAAGAUAGCUUCAUUAAAGUUGUAGUUUUUCAAACUGGUUUGUUAAAGCGGCAAUAUUUGACCAAAUUCACAUAGAAAUGUGCGUUAUAGAUCUGUCAUUCUCAUUGAAAGCAAGUCAUUGAAAGCGUUAUUUCUAUGCUUCCCGUUCUUAAGUUUCAUUUUUGCAUCUUUUACUUUCGGUUUUGUACACAAGCUUCAAACAGCUGAAAAUACAAUAUUUUUGCUUAUGGAAAAUAUAUUUCACUGAGUUUUAGAUGUUACAAUGAUUCUCUACACUAUACUUGCUUGUUUUGUCACAUAAACUGAAAUUAGGCGAAUUAUUACAAAUUUUAGCAACCAGGAAAUGGUGGAGCGAUUUCUGCGUAGUGCAUCUUUAAUUAUUUUAUUUCAGUUGACUAAAUAGUUUUUUCAUGAUUAGUUUUAGUUUACUAUAAUAGCCUUGGUUUGUAUUUGUGUGUUUAGUCCUCUCUCUCACUCCUUUUGGGGAUGGGGGGACGGUCUGUGUAUUCCCAGGGUUUUUUCUGGAUCAAAAAUGGGCUUAGGUGGUGGGCGUGGCAGGGGCACGGUCGGCCCGUCGGAGGGGCUGAAUUCUUUAGAAUUUGAGGCCCCCAUCUUGGCGGUGUAGAGACUUUUGUGCCUUUUUAAAGCAAAUUUCCUGCAAUUCUAUGCAUUUUGCCAUGGCUAAUGCUGUGUUCUUUUGCUCAAACAUGAUAACAAAAUCUAUAUUGCGAAAUUCUCCCAGACUUUUACAUUUACAUUUACGUCAUUUAGCAGACGCUCUUAUCCAGAGCGACUUAUACAUUUUUAUUUUGGUGAUUGUUAGUUCUCAAAGAUGAUAUAAUAAAAUAAGAUAUAGCUCCAUUAUUUUUUCUACAUACUUUAUAUCUGGUUUGAGUUGUUUUGGUUAAGUUACACGGAAAGUGUUUUUCCAUCCCGUUAUUAUUUUAUUUUUUGGCACUGUUUGGAUUUAGACGAUCCGAAAAAACCCCUGAUUCCCACUCUCUUCUGCUGUCUAGGCCUAUAUCACACACAUUGGUCAGUGGUGUUCUUAAGGGUAAGUGGUUUGUGCGUGUGUGUGUAAACUGUGUAUGUAUGCUCACCCUCUCUCCUCUUCUCGGUGUGUGGUAGAUGUAGUGGUCCAGUGGUGUUCUCAGGGUGAUCUCCUGGCCGUGGCUGGGAUGGAGAGAGCUGUCCUGCCCUCCGACUCCUCCUGUCUACCUCCCACCAGAAACGCUAUCGUCAAGUUCUACAACGUCUGCGGAGAGCACAUCUACACACUGGACACGCCUGCACAGGUAAUAACACACACACACACACACACACACACUUAGACACACACUCCAGCAUCCACAACACAUCUUCAGUACUACACACACACACAUACACACACAACACCUUACAUUGGUAAACAUACUAUUGAGAAGUCACAUCAUAUGCUAUAAGUUCCAUAGAAUAAUCACCAUCCCCGUUCUCUCCAGCGUCCCAUCACCACGCUGUGCUGGGGUCACCGGGACUCUCGUCUGUUCUUGGCGUGCGGCGCGGUGCUCUACGUGGUGCGGGUGGAGCACCGGGUGGCCAGCCUGCAGCUGCUGUGCCAGCAGGGCAUCGCCGGGGCGCUCCGGGAGGAGAAGGACGUGGCAAAGCUCACCAUGCCCUCUCGUCUCUGCUCUUACGUCACCACAGCCUUCGCACCCACCAUCAAGGUACAGGGGUUAGGGGAUGUCACAUACCGUAUGGAUGUAUGUCUGGGAGGGUGAGGAUGUGCUACUCUAUGGAAAGGGGAGGUUGAGGGUUCUGGUUAUACAAACUGACAUUCAGUUUCCAGGGUAAGAUAGGGGGUUGAAAAAGAGUUGAACAAGGGAUAAAAUUGCUACUUGACUUGAGUCAGCACCAGGAGUCGCCGCUUUGUGCCAGAAUGCUCAUCAUCCUCUCUCCACCUCUAGCCCCCCAUUCCGGACCCCAACAAUAUGCGUGACUUUGUGAGUUACCCGACGGCGGGGAACGAGCGUUUGCACUGCACCAUGAAGCGUACGGAGGACAACCCUGAGGUGGGCGGGCCCUGUUACACCCUCUACCUGGAAUACCUGGGGGGCUUGGUGCCCAUCCUCAAGGGCCGACGCAUCAGCAAGCUCCGUCCCGAGUUCGUGAUCAUGGACCCCAAGACGGACGGCAAAGCAGGUGAGGUUAUACUGGAGAUGCUGUGUGAGGUGGUUUGAAAGUGUUGAUGGUGCUUGUUUUGAAAAUGUCACAUUGAAAUCCUGCUCCCUUAUGACUGUUCUAACAAGGCCUUCUAGAAGAUUCUGUUGCUUUGGGAGCUGGUUCAGCAUCUUGUAUGACUGCUUUUUACUUGAAAAGUGUGAAGUCAGUGUCUUCUUCUUGUUAAUAACCGUUAGUUACUAAAAUAUUAUUUGUCAAAGUCUGCUGCCCAGCCAGAGCCUCCUUCCCUGCUCCUCUGGUACUUUUCCAUUCAUAUAACAUGUAGGACUAACUUGUGGUGAAGAAGUUCCAGACAGUGUUGGUUGGCAUUGAGAGAGUGAGUGUUCUCAGUGUUAAUAGUCACACAGCCAGCCAGCCACAGUACAGAGCAGACUGGGCCCAUGUUAACUGCUUAAUGGCCUCUGGGAUCUACCAUAAAUCACCUCCCUCCCCUCCCUCUCCACUGCCCUCUCCUGUGAUAAAUGAAUCCAGCCAUGAAAUGUAUGCAGCCCAUUCACACUUAAAUGCCGAUAAAGUAAAUUAUCUUGACCUAAACUGGAGCAGUCGCGGUUCAGGGGCCCCAUAUGAAUGAGAAAAGUUUUUUGGAAACGAUAGUUUGGGGGACUAAAUAAGUUGAAAAGUUAGUGUUAGUGAGUGUGUGCGUCUGAAAUUGGAUAUGAUUUAAUGUCAGUUCGUUCAUUGCAUGACUUAGAAGAGGUGAAGGAAGUGUGCCCCCUGCUGUUAACACUGGGGAUAUGUAUGUGUUGUGAUAAAAUAAAUAAAGGUUGGUAAAGUCACAGUGGUUAGGAUGGAUACAUAUCACUGUUGAUCAAUGUCAGUUUGACUUAUAUCCCCAUAUGCAGAGAUAUACUGUAGUGCCCCAUGAGUCAGUGACACUUAAUGAAUGAUCACCCUGACGAUAUUAUUGAUAGAGUAGUAGACAGACACCCAUCAUUUCCCCAUCACACCACCUUCAUUGUAUUACCCUCAUCUUUCUUUCUCCCAUCCCCUGUUUCCCUCUCUCCUUCUAGAUGAGGUGUAUGGGAACAGUCUGAUCUCGUCGAUGAUAGACAGCUGUAACUGUUCAGACUCCAGUGAUAUAGAGCUGAGUGACGACUGGGUCGGCAAGAAAUCCCCAAAGAUAUCCAGAGGCAGCAAGUCUCCCAAACUUACCAGGUAAUAAACAGCCUUUAUACUGCACUCAGUAUAAAACUAUUAUUAAUGAAUAACAAGCAUGUGUUUUGAUUUAGAUUAAUUGUUGUACUUACUAUUUUGGGACGAUUCUAUUAUUUGGAGUUCACAAUGAAACCCAAAUGUUUUGUUUGGACCUACAAAGUACUGACUAAGCUGCCACAUUUUUGUCUACUAAUGCUGCUUGAAUAUUAUGCACUGUUUUGUUUCAUUUGUUUCACUGCAUGCCUAAACCUUUCUAUUUCAUGUGCUACCUUCUCUGUAGAGACUUAGUCUGUCCCUUUACCAACAGGAUCAAUAUUGACCCCAGGAAGUCCCCCAAACUGUCCCGCGCUACGCAGGAGAUCUCGCGGUCGCCACGGUUACCCAUCCGGAAGCCGUCCAUUGGAUCCCCAAGUCUCACCCGCAGAGAGUUCCCCUUAGAUGACAUCACACAGGUAAUGGACCUCAUUCUGAUUUCCUUUCUGUCCUAUCAUCAUACAUUUGAGGGAUUUGAAGAAGUACUGAUUUGUUUGUGGUUUUUGUCUUUUGCAGCAUAACUACCUUGCUCAGGUCACAUCCAACAUUUGGGGAACAAAGUUUAAGAUUGUGGGACUUGCCACCUUCUUGCCAACCAAUCUUGGUGCAGGUAACUACCAAUCAGUUACUUCUGAGGGAAAUUAAAAUACCUUUUUAACUAUGGUUCCAAUUUAUGUAAUAACCGUAUUCCUUCUCCCCUCUUUCUUUUGUCUCCUAUUUUCCCCCUUUUACCCCCACUUCUCUCUCUCUCUCUCUCUCUCUCUCAGUGAUCUACAAGACGAGUCUGCUCCACCUGCAGCCCAGACAGAUGACCAUCUACCUGCCGGAGGUGCGUAAGAUCUCCAUGGACUACAUCAACCUGCCCGUGUUCAGCCCCAACGUCUUCAGUGAGGACGAGGAUGACCUGCCCGUCACCGGGGCCUCCGGCGUGGCCGACGACAACCCUCCCUGCACCGUCAACAUCCCCAUUGCCCCCAUCCACAGCCCUGCCCAGGCUAUGUCCCCCACCCAGAGCAUCGGCCUGGUCCAGUCCCUCCUAGCCAAUCAGAACGUCCAGCUGGACGUCCUAUCCAAUCCCACGGCCAUCUCCUCCGUGGCUGCUGCAGGGGCGGGGGGGUCGUCUGACCAGGGCCAGGACACCAUCCUGACCGCCCAGUACACGGUUCCCAGCAGGUACUCAAGUCCUGGACAGGUCAUCUUUGGAGGGCUGGAGAUGAGCCGGCUUCUGGUUGGGCCUCCUUCCUCUCAUCACCACCACCAACAACAACAACAACAACAACAACAACAAAGCCAUCAACAACAACCGCAGCAGCAACAUCAUCAGCAACAACAAAUUCAGCAUCAACAACAACAACAGCUACAGCACCACCAUCAACAGCUACAACAACAGCAACAACGACUAGCGCAGCAACAUCACCAACAGCAACUGGCACAGCAACAUCAACAGCAGAUCCAGCAGCAGCAGAUGCUGCAACACCAACAGAUGCAGCAGCAGCAGAUCCACCAGCAGCAGCAACACAUUCAACAGCAGAUCCAGCACAUGCAGCAACAGCAGCAGCAGAUCCAACAACAACACCAACAACAGCUCCAGCACCAACAACAGCUCCAGCAGCAGUUACAGCAGCAACAGAUACAGCAGCAUAUGCAACAGCAACAACAACAGCAACAGCAUCAGCAGCACCAUCAGAUGCAGCAACAGCAGCAGAUACAACAGCAACAACACCAUCAGAUGCAGCAUCAGCUCCAGAUCCCUGUCCCCUCUCAGGUGUCAGGUGCAACGGUGCACCAGCUCCAACAGGGCGCGCUCCAGAUCCAGAUCCCCCACCCUGCAGGGGGGCUGGUGGCUGAGAGAAGGGUCAGUGUAGAAAAUGAGCACCUGCUGAAGAUCAAACCCACCCGCUCUGCCCCCCAGCUGGCUGAGGGGGACACGGUGGUGUUCAGUGCCCCUCUGGAGCUCAGCAAGAUGAACCCCCCACCCCCCUACCCCGGGACGGUGGCUGCUGCUGCAGCUGCAGCCUCUGGACAGGCUGGGGGCAGUAACGGCACCCCGCCGCCAGUGGACCUGUGCCUGAAGAAGGGUGAGUUCUCCCUGUAUCCUCCUGGCCAGCAGGCGGCACAGUACCCAACGCCGCUAGGCUACGAGCGGAUAACUACAUUCGACAGCAGGGGUAACGUGGAAGAGGUGUGCCGGCCUCGAACGCGGCUCGUCUGCAACCAGAACAUCUACACGCUCCAGGUCCCGGGAAGCUCAGCCACCCUCCGGGUUACCUCCUCUUCUUCCUCCUCUUCCUCAUCGGACGGGAAGAAGAUCCAACUGCCCUACGCCUCAGCAACCCUCAACAGGCUCACCGUUCCCCGCUAUUCCAUACCCAGCGGAGAUCCGCCCCCCUACCCCGACACAGCCAAUCAGAACACCACAGGGGGGAGGAGCCCCGGACAGAGGCUGGACAGCAGUCUGAUCCACGCCACACUCAGACGGAACAGCCGAGAGGCCGCUCUCAAAGUCUCCCAGAUGCUGGACCCUCAGAGGACCCUGCCCCCCAAAGCCAAAUCCCAAAACGCUGCACUGGCGGCUUCCUACCAGCAGAGGGUGCCCACAGCCCUGUACACCUGCAGUCAGUGCAGUAGUAACAGCAGUUCGCUUAGCAGUGCAGCCAGCAGUGCUCCCAGUGGAACUGCGAAUGGAAUCGCAGAAGGUACAAUCAUUAAACAGGAUUUCCCUCUGGGGAAUGGAGCUCCUCACAGCACGGUGAUCGUCCACUCCAACAGCGCCUCUCCCUUAGCCUCUCAUUCCUCCUACAACCUGCUGAGCCUGGAUGGCUCUGGGAAUGGAGGAGGAGGUGGGAACAGAGACAGGGCUGACUAUGUGAACUCUGCCUUCACAGAGGAUGAAGCACUGAGUCAGUCAUUGAGGCAUCUGGCGCUAGGGGGUGCAGAUGUGUCUGGACUGACAGUCAAGAGGCCUCCGCCGUACCAGUGGGACCCAGCCGCCACUGAGGAGGUGUGGGUGCCCCAGGAACGGACUGGUACUCUGAGCUCUGCUGCCCCCCCCGGCACCCACAAACCACCCCCGCUCAUCCUCAGCCCGGCCCAGCACCUCGACCUCUCCCGGCUGCCUUUCGUCCUCUCCCCCAAGUCCCCCACCAGCCCCAGUGCUGCCUCUUUCCAGGCCGCCGCUGCAGCUGCAGGUUACCAGAUCUCCCUCCAGUACGCUCCUGGCACAACCUACAGUGGGCCCCAGCAGCAGCCCAUGCCAGGCUCUCCCCGGCUUUGCUCCCCUAAGGAGGUGGUGGCCCCGGUCCCCUUCUCCCAGCAGGAUGCCACCCUGGUCCUUCCACCUGGCUAUCCAGCCAACCUGUCUAACCUGGCCUGCUGCCCCCUCCCUCCAAUGUACCCGGGGGGUAGCUCCUGUGCCGGGCUCCCCAUCCCCCCCAUUGCCCUACACACUCCCUGGGGCACCUACAAUCCCUGCCCCCCCAUGCCCAGCCCUUCGGGGACGCUGCCCCCCAUGCCCGCCAAGCUCUCUCAGAUGAUGGUGGACAAGUCAGUCCUCUCUCCCCCUCCUCCCCCACCACCUCCCCCUCCCCCAGCAGAGAUGCAGCUGCAGGGUCACGGUGGCUCCCCAGAGGCCAUGGCCAUGGAGGCCGGAGAGGGCUUCCAGGAGGUCCUCUCCCUCAAUGAGAGCCCCGUGCCCAGCAGCGCUGACAAGUUCGGCAAGAAGAACCGCAAGCGGGCCGAUGGCAGGGUUGAGGAGGCCAAUGCACCGGCCAUCGCCGAGGGAGGCAAGUCCAAGAAGGAGGGUCGGGCCCUGGGCGACUUCAACUCUCUGAUCUCCAGCCCGCGGCUGAGCGGCAGGGACAAGAAGAAGCCCAAAGGCCAGAAGGAGCAGCAGCUAAAGGCUAAGAAGCUGAGCAAGGCUCCCACAAACAGUGAGUUCCAGGACAGCUCAGAGAGUGAACCUGAGCUCUUCAUCAGUGGGGACGAGCUGCUCAACCAGUGCCAGAGCGGCAAGAAGGGCUGGAAGAGCAAGAGGAGCCUGCGGGUGGCCAGCGAGCUGGAGGAGAUCAAGUGCCGCAAGGCCAACGAGAAGGAGGACCGCGGGCUGGGAAGCCAGGGCUUUGUCUAUGUCAUGGCCAACAAGCAGCCACUGUGGAAUGAGGCCACUCAGGUCUACCAGCUGGACUUUGGGGGACGUGUCACACAGGAGUCGGCCAAGAACUUCCAGAUCGAACUGGAGGGGAGACAGGUGAGGUGGCUUCAGAUGUAGUUUUCACACAUAGAUGGGAAGUUUGGUAUAGAUAGUGUAGGAAUGUAGAAGAGUGAAUCCAUUCGCUUGUAAGAAUAUGAAAUGGAACAAAUAUAAAUAUAAUUCAGCAUUCAAUAGGGAAAUAGCUCAGAGACUCAUGACAAUCUGAAAUGUUGUGUUUGUUAGCUUCCUGUCUAUUUUCUCUAACUGUGUGUUUGUUUGCAUUUGUGACCAGGUGAUGCAGUUUGGCAGGAUUGACGGCAACGCCUACAUCCUGGACUUCCAGUACCCGUUCUCUGCUGUUCAAGCCUUCGCAGUGGCUCUAGCUAAUGUCACUCAACGCCUCAAAUGA